GAAGCUACGUCCCGGAGGUGCGGUGUGGGCCACCGGGCGGGGCCGCGGGAACCGGCGCCCCAUGGAGCUGCUGCUGUCAGACCAACCCCGGGCCCCCAUCAUCACUGCGCCGCGCUCUCAGGCGCCGAGAACUACCGUUCCCGGCAUGCCAUGAACUUGGCCUCGGCGCUGAGGCGGGGUCCGGCCCUCCACCCGCUCCCGCCGCGCGCGAAUCGCGGUCGCGAGCCAUGGAGGAGGAGGCAUCGUCCCCGGGGCUGGGCUGCAGCAAGCCGCACCUGGAGAAGCUGACCCUGGGCAUCACGCGCAUCCUAGAAUCUUCCCCAGGUGUGACUGAGGUGACCAUCAUAGAAAAGCCUCCUGCUGAACGUCAUAUGAUUUCUUCCUGGGAACAAAAGAAUAACUGUGUGAUGCCUGAAGAUGUGAAGAACUUUUACCUGAUGACCAAUGGCUUCCACAUGACAUGGAGUGUGAAGCUGGAUGAGCACAUCAUUCCACUGGGAAGCAUGGCAAUUAACAGCAUCUCAAAACUGACUCAGCUCACCCAGUCUUCCAUGUAUUCACUUCCUAAUGCACCCACUCUGGCAGACCUGGAGGACGAUACACAUGAAGCCAGUGAUGAUCAGCCAGAGAAGCCUCACUUUGACUCUCGCAGUGUGAUAUUUGAGCUGGAUUCAUGCAAUGGCAGUGGGAAAGUUUGCCUUGUCUACAAAAGUGGGAAACCAGCAUUAGCAGAAGACACUGAGAUCUGGUUCCUGGACAGAGCGUUAUACUGGCAUUUUCUCACAGACACCUUUACUGCCUAUUACCGCCUGCUCAUCACCCACCUGGGCCUGCCCCAGUGGCAAUAUGCCUUCACCAGCUAUGGCAUUAGCCCACAGGCCAAGCAAUGGUUCAGCAUGUAUAAACCUAUCACCUACAACACAAACCUGCUCACAGAAGAGACCGACUCCUUUGUGAAUAAGCUAGAUCCCAGCAAAGUGUUUAAGAGCAAGAACAAGAUCGUAAUCCCAAAAAAGAAAGGGCCUGUGCAGCCUGCAGGUGGCCAGAAAGGGCCCUCAGGACCCUCCGGUCCCUCCACUUCCUCCACUUCUAAAUCCUCCUCUGGCUCUGGAAACCCCACCCGGAAGUGAGCACCCCUCCCUCCAACUCCCUACCAGCUCCAGAGUGGUGGUUUCCAUGUACAGAUGACCCUAGGGGUGACCUCCAGUUUUGCGUGUGGACCAUAGGCCUCUUUCUAGUUGAAUGACCAAAAUUGUAAGCCUUUUAGUCCCACCGACAUUAGCCAGGCUCGUAGUGAGGCCUCCACAGCAGGUUGUGCUGUCCCCUGCCUCUAGAAGCAAUGGGGAAUUUAGAAUCUUGUGUAAGUGCCCAAAUAAGUCUAAUGAGUGCUUUCCUCUUCUUCAACACUCAACCCUCAAUCCCUUAGCACUGAUUAGAGAGGUCCCCCAAAGAAACCACUGGUUUUGACCCUUGAAGCAUUAGAACUGCAUCGUUCAUUCAGGAGCCACUAGUCACAUAUGACUAUUUAAAUUUAAAGUAAAUUGUAUGAAAAAUUCAUUUCUUCAAUUGCAUUAGCCACAUUUUGAGUAUUCAUGUGGCUGGUAGAUUCUGUAUUAGCACAAAGAUAUGGAACAUUUCCAUCACCACAGAAAGUUAUGUUGGACAGCACUGCAUUAGAAUAUUUUCAUACUGCUCUUCCUCAAUUAAUUUUUGUUGUUAAAUAAUGUUGAUGUCUUCAUUGGAUGGGUCAUAAUGUUCCAUGAAACCUCUCAAGUACACAAUUGUAUGUUCUUUGUAUCCCUUACCACAAAUAUCUCGCUCUGCUCAUUUCUUUUGUAGCUUCCUAUAAAGUUUGUCUUCCUCACCAGUUUCCAGUGAAGUUUCUUGCUUCCAGUUUUGUGUUAUGAUGUUUGUACACGUUCCACAAUUAUCUUCCUUAUUAACUUUUUAAAGAAGGUGUACUUCUGCUAUACUUUAUUCUUACCAUUUAAAAACAAAAAAUUCCCAAACAUUGUUUUGCACAACUCUUCAUAAAGAAAGAGUUUUAAUGGUGCCAGUCACUGUUAACAGAAGCUUUCCACCUGCUCUGCCUGCCUCUUCACAGCUCUGAGUUGUCCAGUCUCACUUUGCCUGGUCCCUGGCCAUCCUUAGGACAAGCAGUCUCCUGCUUAGAACAGGGUGGGCUUCCAAGAGUUCCUUUGGAAGCAAGUUGCCUGUAAUUCAGAAGUCAUUUUCCCAUUGACAUAUGGGGGAACCUCUAGCCCACAUAUGCUUAAUAUUUGACACAAGAUAAAUCUGACAUACCUACUACAGUUAAUGAAAUUUUUACAGAGAAGGUUGCUCAGAUUUUCAAUUAGGAAUGCCUAUUUAUUUAUUUCCUCCCUCUACAGUCCUGGCUGUGGGCAGAAGCAAGGCCUUCACCCUGCUUCCCAAACAGGGAAAGUGGGGAGUCACCCACCUAGCCCCAAGUUCUUUGGGUGGCUGCAGUUUUUGUACGGAAGUCCCAGAGGUUAGAGAAUUAGGAGUUUUGAGGAAUGAGGUGCAGGGGCAUCUACCAUCUGCACACUUCAGUCCCAGCUGGCUCACUCUCUUUCCUGACUUCUCUCUACCCCGGUGAUUGGCCAGACUUCCUUCCUUUGCACUGUCUACCUGCUAAUCGACCCAGGGUUUCCUUCUUCCAAACCCACUGGGGAACUAAGAGCAGUCCACAGGAUUCUCCACAUGCACUUUUGCUCUGAAACAUGUUUAUUUUGAUUGUUGACAAUAGUGAUAGAUAUUCAUGAGAAAGCGCCUUCGAUAUCUCCUCCACCUACCACUUUCCAUAGCCCCUGAGGAAAACCAAGGUGAAGAGUUAGCCUUCAAGGAUCAGGGCAAGCUCUAACUGGCUGCUUCCCCCAUAUUUGUAAUAGUUCAAAAAGUCUUGAAAUAUCAGCGCUUAAAAGUCUUUGGGAGCAUAAACUGAGCUUCGUAUUAACAGCUUCUUCAUUUGCUUUAAAAUAGCGAGACCUCUUACCUUUUCAAUCCCAAAACUAACCACUUAUAAUUCAGUGUGGUCAUUUAAACGUGUGUGUGUGUGUGUGUGUUUUAACCAUAACAUGACUGUCACAUAUUCUCUAGGAGACAUUUUGGCCCUUUUAAUUGUUUAGGUUAUUAUACUUCAAGGAUUUAUAAAUGUGCAACAAUUCAUGGAGUGGCAGAAAAGGAUAUAGAGAGACCAAGUUGUUGAGGACAAUAGCUGGAGUUUAGUCUUCCAGAAGUAUUUUUCUUGCCAGAAUUGAUCAAAGGAAGAGCCAACGGCACUGGAUAGGAGAUUCUAGCAUUUGGCUGCUUCUCCAAGACAAGCGAGGUUAGAAGGGAGUUGAGAAGUUAUGUCAUCUUCCACUGCAGCAGAUACCCCUUUUUUAGUACUUGGGGAUCCCCCGAAUCACAGCAUUUCUAAAUCAGCCCUGGAUUCCACAAGUGAAGCAGCGGAGGAACCAGGAGGUCAGCGGUGCCACUCAAAUCUGUGGCAAUCAAGUGGGAGUUCUCAAAAGGCUAUCAAAGGAAGGGGGUUAUGAUAAGGAAAGGCUCAAGACCUGCCUCAGAAGGAGUGAGCAGGGAAGAGCAGGACUGACUCCACGCAAUGCAGGAUCCAGUACAAAAUGAAGAUGUGAGGCUUUUGUGCAAACAGCAGGAAAACAUUACCUUUACAGGUACUAAAAUGUAAUGUUUUUCCUUUCUUCCAUAGUGUCUUUCUCAACUUGUUAUGGCUGUGUUUUUUAUUUGCUACUUAAUGCUGUUCUAACUAACUAAAAACUUAAAUGUUAAACUCC